AUGCAAAAACUGUUCAAUUCUCUACUUCUCGGAUCAAAAGCUUUCAGCAUGAAAGUACUGAAAGCUACGAGUCAGAAACAUCUAAAAUUACAUCUAAAGGACAAACAUAUAACUUCUGAGAUUGCCUCAGGAAGUCUACAACAAACUGCAAGUACUGGAAGUUCAUUUCUUUCCAAAUUAGGGAUAGCCCUGGGAAUAGCUGCAGUGAUUACACUGAUAUCAGUUGGUAUGAAGCAGCCUAAUCAGGGAUCAUCUCCUGGAAUGCAGUUUCUGCGUGAUGGUUCAUCCUCUUCCACUUUAGCCGCACCUGCUGGUGCUUUUAGUUUCAAGGCUUUUGGAUACAGAAUUUUACUACCAGAAUAUGCCCCAGGGUUGCGGACUUUUCAUUAG